AUGUCGCUUCGCCGAAGGCAAUUUUUAACAUGCGGAAUCUGUUUAUGUACAAUUCAUCACAGCCGUUCAAAAACUCGCUCUCAACAAUGUCGCCACUAUUUUCAUGUGAAAUGCAUCGAGCCGUGGAUUUCGGUAAAUGAAAUACAAAACUUAAAAUUGAAAUAGAAAAUAAACAUUCAGGAUAUUACGGAAAGUAGAACAAAACCAACAUGCCCACUUUGUCGUGCUGAUUGGGAGAUUAUGGAAGUAGUUCAGUGGAACAAAAAAGGAUGUGGCAAAUUCGUAACAUCAUUCUAUCCUGCUCACGAUGCAGUCACUGACACCAAAAGUAAACGUGAAAAAUCGAUCUGUCGAGUCUGUCAUGUGAACAGCUUCAAUGAUUAUUUGGUUGUUUGCAGUCGAUGCGGUAAAGGUUGUCACACCUACUGUUUUAAUGAUCGCAAAGAAACGAUCCCUCCACCCACUUGGAAAUGCGACAGAUGCGAAAGAAAAAUUGCAAGAGUAAGAUUUUUAAGACUAUUUUAAAAUAAAGUUUGUAUCUGGAAACCGCCAAAAACUCUGAUGUUAAAUAAUUUUCUGAUUCCACAAAUAACAUAAAUCAAUUUCAGCGCAGAAGACGUGUUGCAAAAACCAACGAGAUAUAUGCACAAGUGAGUGAGGGCAUUUUUGUUAGAUAAAAAUCAUUUUAAAUUAUUCAGAGACCCUCGGUUGUUCUUGAUACAAUAACUUUGGAAGAUGAUUUCGUGGUUGAAAAUGUUGAUGUCAAACCCGAUAUCGAAUUGUUGGAGCAGAAUGAGGUUAUUAUUUAUGAAAUUGUGAAUACUUUGUGGAGAAUUUGAAUUUUCAGAACGAGAAUCCUCAAUAG